AUGGUGGCAAAGCAGAGGAUCCGCAUGGCCAACGAGAAACACAGCAAAAACAUCACGCAGAGAGGAAACGUAGCCAAGACGCUGGUGAGCCGUGAACUGACAGCGGGAUGCCAGCAUGACAUUAGCCCAGACAGGUGACGUUCACUCCGGUCUGAUCACAGCAGCAUGAUGAGGCGGAUGAGGAGGGAGAUGAUAGAGCAGACUUUCACAUCAGCACACAUAUGUCGAUCAGUAAGAGCUCUGCAGCCUAAUAUUGAUCUCUGGGAUGUAUUGAGUGUUACCCACCACGGAGAGCUGGCUCAGUGUUUGAUUCACUCUGCACUGUAACUUAACUUUUUAAAAAGGCCCGCAGUUGUAGAAAUAGUGAUUUUUUUAUUAUUAUAUUUUUUUAUUGAUGCCAAUACAGCCGAGUGACCAGAGUCAGAGCUAAGAGUCAGUGAAACAGAGUCCCCCCCAAAAAAAUUCCACUUAACUACAGAAACAUUUGUAUCUGUAUUUCUAGCUCUCCAUAUUAGGCCUACUUCAAAAAUGUUCACGUAGGUUUAUAAGCCAUAACUUCCACAUGGUGUAGGGACUUGACUUUGGGGGUUUCAUUUAAGUAAAAGUGAUGGCUGCAAAUUUUAUUGAAAUCUUGAGCAAGCAUCUCUCAGCUACUUCACCUGCAUCCUGUGACUUUAUUGUUCAACAUUUUAUCAACAAACUUGAAACAACAAUUGACCUCGUAGCUACACUCACGACAAAAAAGGUACUGCCUAAGCGCACACCUCCGUGGAGAAACAAAGAAAUCAAAAAAUUAAAAAGGAAAUUGCAGGGUAGCUGAACGGAGAUGGGGGGAAAUAAAAUAACAAUUAAUCACCAAAUAUACUGCGAGGAACUGCAAACUUAUGCAAUAUAUGCUCUCAGACAUGCAAGAUCCACUUUCUUUACUAAUAUAAUCACUGAUCAUAAAAAUAACCCUAAAUUCCUCUUUGAUACCAUUGAUCUUUUGAUCAAUCCAGUUUUUAACAGAUAUCGAAUCAUUCCUUCAGAUACACUUUGUGAAGGUUUUGCAGACCACUUCAGGGGUAAAAUUGAUUCUAUACGAUCCUCUAUUUUAUCUAUUCAAAACACUGUUUCUAAUACAGUAGUAAGCUUGUUUUUCCCUGAGGAAACACUGGACAGUUUUGUCCUGGUUGAUGCUGAGAUUCUUGGUAGAGUUUCCUCUCAAGUAAAACCAAUUCCUACAUCACUUUUUAAAAUGUUUUAUGGAUUCUUUGAAGGUGAGCUUUUAAAUAUAGUGAAUUGUUCUCUUCAGAUGGGCUCUUUCCCUGCUGCCCUUAAACAACUGGAGUGAGACCCCCUCUGAAGAAGGACAAUUUGGGUCCUAAUGUUCUUAAUAACUACAGACCAGUGUCCAAUUUACCAUUUUGAAGUAAAAUUGUAGAAAAACUUGUUUUUAUUCAGUUGAAUGAUUUUUUAAAUAACCAUUUCAUCCUGGAGAAAUUUUAAUCUGGAUUUAGGACAAACCACAGUCCAGAGACUGCACUGCUGAAAACUUUUAAUGAUCUUAGGUGCAACUUGGACUCACACAAGCUUACACUCCUUGUGCUACUGGAUCUAAGCGCUGCUUUUGGUACAGUAGAUCACACAAUUCUUUUAAAUAGACUAAAGCAUCUGGUAGGCCUCUCUGGUACUGCCUUUCAAUGGUUUAACUCCUAUCUCACAGAUCGAAAGUUUCUUUUAAGUUUGGACACAUGCUCUUCAAAGAUUCAUGACAUUAAAUGUGGUGUGCCCCAAGGCUCAAUUUAAGGCCCCAUACUAUUUAAUUUAUAUGCUCCACUGGGAGAUGUCAUCAGGAGGCAUGGUAUCACUUUUCACGACUAUGCUGACGACACACAGCUGUACAUAUCUAUGUCUCCUGAUGACACAGGGCCAACUGAUGCCCUUUUUAGCUGUAACCUAGACAUUAAAUCCUGGAUGGCAGUAAACUUCCUACAGCUCAACCAGGACAAAACUGAGGUUUUAAUCAUUGAGCCUAAGGCUCAAGAAACUUUUAUCAAAACUGAAAACCCUGUCCUUAACUCCAUCAAAUCUGGGCGCCAUCUUUGACUCUGAGCUGAUUUUUAUUCCACAUAUUAAAAACAUAACGAAAACAGGGUUUUAUCAUUUGAAGAACAUAGCCAGAGUCCGCCCCUUUCUCUCCCGGGCUAACACAGAGACGCUAAUGCAUGCUUUUAUCUCCAGUCGUCUUGACUAUUGUAACGCCCUGCGUUCUGGUCUUCCAAAAAGAAACAUCUCAAGUUUACAACUGUUGCAAAACUCAGCAGCACAUGUGCUGAUGAAGACCAGAAGGCGGGCACAUAUUACACUGGUUUUAAAAUCGCUGCAUUGGCUCCCUGUGUGCUUUAGGAUAAUCUUUAAGGUUCUUUUAAUGGUUUUUAAAUGUCUUAGGGGUCUUGGACCUUCUUAUCUUUCAGAAUUGCUUUCACAAUAUGAACCCUUGCGUCCCUGAGAUCCUCAGGCACUGGCCUUUUAAUAGUCCCCAAAGUGAGAGCAUGAACUUACAGUGAGGCAUCUUUCCAGUAGUAUGGCCUCCAUCUGUAGAAUAGCCUGCCGGAGGAUUUGAGGACUGCAGAGAAUGUUCAUGUUUUUAAAAGCAGUCUCAAGACCCACCUAUUUAAUUUGGCUUUUAACUAAUGUCUUAUUUUUUAUCCAUAUUUUUAUCCUAUUUUUAUCUCAUUUCAUUUCAUUUAUAUACUUUAGUCCAUAUUUUAUAUGUUAUGUUUAUUCUAUUUACUUGAAUGAUAUUUUAGCUAUUUAUCAGUAUUUUAUGAUUUUAUCUAGUUUGAUGUUUUUAGCCGAUGCUGUUUAUGUUUUUAUACCAUUUCUCCAGUGUUUCCUCAGUGGGGCGCCACCUGCACUAGGGGCUGUGACUGGCUCUGUCUGGGAUUUCUCUGCCUCGUGGUGUGCACUCAGCUUGGCCAGGUGGGGCUCUACAGCAGUAUCUGCUGCUGUGGGCCCUGUAGCAGUGUGCGCACCCGGGUGGAGGUGUCCUGGCCCUGGGCCCUGGUGUUUCCUGACCUGGCUCCUGUGUACUCAGCCACAUGCUUUUAAAAUUGCAUUAUCUGUGUGUGUGUGUGUGUGUGUGUGUGUGUGUGUGUGUGUGUGUGUGUGUGUGUGUGUGUGUGUGUGUGUGUGUGUGUGUGUGUGUGUGUGGUCUCAGAGGGGGGGGGGAGGUUUGGGGAGAGGAAAACUGUUUAUAACAUGUAAAGCACUUUGUGCUGCAUUUACUUUAGCAUGAAAAGUGCUAUAUAAAGUUUGAUUUGAUUUGAUGUAAUCACUUUUACUCAAAUGAAGCUUGUAAGCUUUUAUUUCCUUUGAAGGUCACCAAAAUGACCAAGGCAUGUCAGGACAUGUUAUUAACAAAUACUUAUUCACUGGUUGUUAAUAAAAGAUGCUUGACUUGGUUGUAAUUUAAACACAAUGGUUUAUUUCUUAAAAACAUCCACAUGCUCACUCUUCAGAUGACUGGUCAGAAUUAUUGUGAGGACACAUUAUUGUGACCGUAUGUGUGUAUGACCAUUAUGAUUUUACAUCUUUUUGGGGGGCUUUAAGACGAUGGCACAGCCAAAACAGUGUGUGCACAAAGGUUAUCUUUUCUCAUUUAUGUUGUGGUACUAUGCAUAUCUUUUCCCCUGCCACAGGUCAAACAGGGCCAGUCUGUUUUGUUUUUAGUCUCUAUAAAAGGCUUAACACAAGCAACUUCCUCUAUAAAGAAAACAGCCACUUCAGCUAACAUAACUGAAAUCUUUGCUAUCCCAUUGGCUUCAACAACUCCUCUCAGCAACAGCAGACAGUGAAAUCAUGUCUAAACUGCUGAUAUCAUUUGGUGCAGCUGAUGGAUUCUCCCUAAACCAUCUAGAAUAACUCAAGCUAUUUUUAUUUAAUCCCCAGCAUCUUUCAGAAGAUUUGGAGACACCUCAGUUUGUCCACCGCAAUAGCAAAGUGUUUACUGUGAGCAUUUUGACCUAAGUGGUGGUGCAAAUGAAACCUUAAAGUGAACCUGAAAACAUUCACAUGUCUACAAUUGCUUUGCAGCAUCUGGCACAUGUCUUUAAAACCAGCAAGGCUAAUUUACCGUGUUUGUGUGUUUGUUUAUGUUUCCCAUAGCGACCACAAGAGGAGAAGUAUCCUGUGGGUCCCUGGCUGCUUGCCCUCUUUGUGUUUGUUGUGUGUGGAUCAGGUAUAACCAAGUAACCCUUUUGCAUUUGCACAGAAUACUAUCAUUAUGUAUAUACAGUGAUAGAUGAUGCAAAUAUAAACUGUAACAUGGUAGCUGUAAGAAAGCAAAGCUAAUAGCAUGGAGGGUUGUCCAACAAAGCUCUUUGUUUGAUUUCAGUCAGCUGGUGAAAAUGACAAAUAAAUACAUCAAGUUUGAGGGAGAAUUGUUUUAAAAUAAAACACAUUUACAAAAGUUGUUUCAUCCUAGGAGAAGAAAUGAACCAGUGAUAACCUUUUGCUCUCAGCUAUAUUUCAGAUCAUCCAGAGUAUUCGUAUGGGGAUGUGA